UAGUAUAUGUUUGUCCGUCAUCGCGGUGUGGUGUAGCGUGGAGUUUUGUUAGCGCGCGUUGUCACGGAAUCCUCCAACCAAUCUCAUCAUCAUCAAGUAACGCGACCCUCAAGUCUAUUCUGUGGUGCGCUUGCUGCACCUUCUGUUGUUGUACGCUAUUCCUCGGUCGACGGAGAGAAAUCGUUUCUGUUAGUGAAAGGUGUUUCGGAUUCGGAAACUUCCGCCGGAACCGGAACGAAUAACUGGAUUUGUUACCGAGUGAGUGUUGUUGCCAGGAGCAGCAAAACCCUUUCGCUGAAGGGCGGUCGGUUUUUUCGGUGUGGUGAACUACUGCUCUUCUCGAGAGCGAAUUUGUUGUUGCGUGACCGUGGCUCAGUGCCAUCGAGUUGACCCGGGUCGGGCACGUGAAGUUCACGAGACGUGUUUCUUUCCUCUGAAGUGUGUUCACACAACAACAACAACUGCCUAUUGGUUCAACGCGAUUGACCUCUUAGUGGUGUGGGGAUACUAGGGUGACCUUGUGGAUUACAAACCCAAAGCCGCUUCUAGCGGGGAGGAUUAACAACUUCGGAUUCAGCCGUGUUGUCAAACUCAACAAUCCUGGAAAAAUUGUGCCUGCGGGGGAGUUGGUAGUUGUGAAGAACGGCUGUGUGCAUCCUUCUUCGAGGGAUCUUUUUCCUCCUCGAUUUUGUUGCCUUCGGGAACUGCACCAGCAACUUAGGAAAAACGUUCACGAAUACACAGCGAAGAGCAGCGCCAGAACAGAAGAAGUAGGAAGAAGGGGCAGUGCAAGAAGUGUCUAUAUUUUUCCAUCACUCUACUGCUGCGCUGAAGUGCUAGCUAGCUAGUGCUAGGUUAGGAGAAGCGAAAGCUCAGUGUGUUGUACAACGACGACGUAGCCGUAUGUAGAAGUGCCUACACAGCCGGUGGUGUGGCAUGUAGUAGUGGGUGCAUGUGGUACAAUGACCUGCAUUUAUUGAGAAUUCUAUUCAAGAGCUUGCCGCUGCAAGUCAGUCAGUGUGUGAUGCAUAUAGGCGAAAAUAGAAGCAACAACAACAAAAAAUAGUGCAAAGCUACUAGAUUUAUGUGCUCUUCUUGGUGAUGUGCAGCAGCAGGAAAGAGAGAGUGCCUAUGGCGACCACGAUGGUCCACAGAUAGAUAGAUAGUUAGAACGAGAGAUGAUUGAGUUUCAAGUUCAGUAGUUCAAAAGAUCCUAUUGUGCAAUUUUUUUUUCGGGUAAUCCAAUAAAAAAAACAAAAAUCCUGACCUCUAGUGUUCGGUUUGUGUAGUGAGUUGACGUCCUGCAAGUUUGAAAACAUCCAGCCAGGUGUGACAACGCAACCCGAAAAAAAAGAAUCAAACCCAGAAACCCAAAGUGCGGCAUGUUCCGGAACCAAGUCAGCAUGCUGCUGCUGAAUUCCGCGAAUCGUCGUUACUCAUCGUCGAAGUCUUCAACAACAACAACCUCACCACAACCUCCUUCAUCAUCAUCGCUCGAAAGCCUUAACGAUGGCUCCAUGCUGUUGCACUGCUCCCGGUGGCAAGUGUGACUUCUUCUUGGUGUUGGGUGUGAAUCAAUGAAUUCGGCCAGAGUUUAUCGAAUUGUUGUGCUUUGAAGAAGAGCUUUUAAUACGGAGUAGAAGUUAAAGUUAGAAAAGAGAGUUAUAGUGAAGGUUUCCGAUUGUGGAGCAGUUUUAAGUUUAGUUGUUGAUUUUAGAAAGUGAAAGAUUUUGCUGAGUGUGUUUCCGCUGUUGAAGAUUCUAUACUGUUGAAGUUGUGCGCGAGUUAAAAGUUUUUGGGAGAGAGAGAUUUAGCCCGGUUUUUUUCCUAUAGAAGAACGACUGAACAAGGUGGAACGGCACGAAGAUGAUGAAACGGAGAUGGUCGAACAAUGGCGGCUUUACGUCGUUGCGGAUGCUGGACGAGAGCAGUUCGGAAGUGACGUCUUCGUCGGCCGCUCUGGUGAUGUCCCCGGGCAUGACCAUGUCACCGAACUCGCUCGGAUCGCCCGAAUACAACGAUCUGGAACUUUGGGGAGCAUACGAGGAAAACGCCUACAAUGGGCACUCGGUCCUAUCGAAUGGGAACAAUAACAUCGGGGGCUGUGGAGCGGCCAACAAUCUGCUGAUGAACGGCAUCGUCGGCAACAAUAACCUCAACGGGAUGAUGAACAUGGCAACUCAGGCUAUGCAAACUAAUGGGAACAAUAUUCAGCACAUUGUCGGUAAUCUAAUCAACGGUAUGAACCAGAGCCAGACCAUCAUUCCGCCGCUGCCGUCGAUCAUCCAGAACACGAUCAUGAACACGCCCCGCAGCGAGUCGGUUAACUCGAUCUCGUCAGGUAAGAUUUAUUAGCCAACAUGAAUACUAUCGUUUAAGAGUAAGUCCUAAAUAAAGUUGAAUGUGGUCCUAUAUGUAUUUCAAUAUUUAAAAAAACUCGAAACUAUCUUUUUUAUCCUUCAAAAACUAUUAAAGAUUACGUCACCUACACAAAAUAAAUUUUGGUUGAUCAUCACUGGGAUAUUUUCGAUAAUUUAUUUCCUUUUUAUGAAGAAUUAUAUAUGAACUUCUUCUAGCACAUUGCUUAACACAUUUUGUCAACCAAAAGUCUGAUAAUCUCUGGCAAUUUUUUUUACCGACUACCUACUCAGUUCCAUAUGCCAACAGCUUUGAGAAAAAAACAACUCACAUCCCACAAAUAUCAAUCAUAGCAGAAAGACCACCCCCCACUAAACUAACUACUAGUUAAUCCGCAUGCGGAAAUCCAUCCAACCGACCGGUAAUAGACCCGAAAAUAGACAAAUAAAAACAGGCGAAACUCCUACAAAAUUGCUUUCAACGUUCCAAGAAGUGGGAUUGAAGGGAGGCCAACGAAGGAAGAAAAGACGCAUCAUAAAUAAUUACACACCCGGUGUGUCGGUAGGACUCUGACACUUAGUAAUAAUCGCGGUUGUAUCAAACCCACGCGACAACAACCUACAAAGAAAGCGUAAGCUGAACCAAAGUAUGAGAAAUUGUAAUACGGCGACGACGUUUCGGGUCCAACUACAAAUGAUGAUCAAAUGGUUUUGUGUAGCUACUAGAACGCACUUUGCUAUCGUUAAUUUUCAUCUGUGGCUUUCCCUAAAGCUUCCACACGAGAUAUGUUAACAACAAUUUUUUAUUAUGAGGGAUACGAGAUUUAGGCUUAUUUUCAUUUGAUUUGAAAUUGUUGGAACAAACAAAAAUAGUAGAGUUUUUUUUUAAAGAAAAAAACAGACGAAUUGGCGUUUUGUCUGUGCUAAAAUAAGGAAAAGUCUUUGAUUUUUUCUCACACCGUUAAUAGAGCUGUUUAAACCGAUUUUGCUCGAAUAAGGCUUAAAUAGUAGGUAAUAUUGCCCUUCAGGAAACCUGAGAAAAUUUCACUAAUUCAUCGAAAAUUUCGAAAGUUUUGGUAGAAAAACUUAAAACAUUUGGUUGGUGCGUGUGUAGUAACUCAUUCUAUGGAGCUUCCACGGGAGAAGUAAACAACUGUUUGCAGUGUGGACGAUGCGUGAUUUGAGAUUUUCCUCAUUUAAGUUGAAUUUUGUUGAAAAUAUAGUUCUAUGGGAAAACAAAAAAAAAUAGACAAAUCCAUCUCUUUUUAUGCUAAAAGUUAAAAAUGUGUGUGCAUUAUUCCACUCACUUUCAGUCUAGCUGGGUGGACAGAAUUUUUUCAAUUUUGGCUUAAAUUGUAGGUGAUAUUACCCUUCAAGAAACCUGAGCCAAUUUUUCAAACCCAUGAAAAAAUGAGAAAAUUUUGGUAGAAAAACUGUAAAGAAAUUGAUUUGUGUGUGUGUAUGUCGAAUAAUUUCACAGGUUUUCUGUGGGUCUUGGCGUACCGAUUUCGCUUAAUUUAGACAUGAAUGAUACAUAAUGUUACUUUCUGAGAAGUGUGAGAAUUUAAUUUAAAUUCUUCGAAAAUUGGAAGAGUUAUAUUAAAAAUACUAUUUGAAAAUAUAUAUGUGUGUGUGUAUAUAUAUGUAAAAUUAAUUUAUUGGCUAUCAUUGGAGUUGAGAGGUUCGAUUUUGCUCAGUUUAGGCUUAAAUGAUAUAUAUUAUAGUCCUUUAAGGAUUAUAAAAAUUGUUUUGAAGUUCAUCAAAAAUUGAAAAAGUAAUAGUUAAAAAAGUAUUUUGUGUGUGUAUGUCAAAAACUUUCCCAAGCUUUUAAGUAGAACUCUGUGGGCCAAUUUUGUUCAAUUAAGUCUCAAAUGUGAGAUACUAAGGUGGAAAUCGAUAUUUGUUUUCCUAAAAGUUGUAACAAACAUAUUUGAACUUGUUUUCUCUGAUUUAGUCCCUAUCCUCAGAAACAAAAAGAAAUCAAUCAAUCAUUUUCAACCCAAGCCCAAUCAAUAUUGUCGGUAACACGUGUCAGUGUCAACGACGGUUUAUUAUUUUCGCACCUCGGCCAGAAAUGGUCGCCGUCAUGCCUUCGUUCUAUUCCGGUAAAAGACGCAACUAAACGAUAUCAUUCAUUAAGCCAUCCCGGAUCCCUCGGGAAUAAAUUUAGCGAUAGAUCUUCCCAGUGACAAUGGCGACCGGCGAUGGAAAAGCCGAAAAUGACUGUGCGACUUUUGUGACACGCCAACCUUUCGUGCCCGCCAUAAGUAUCGGAAAUUGCCGAUAGAUUUGACUAAUUCCUUUCUGAGCGAAGAAUCUGGCCUAAUAUUCUUCCAAUCAAUGGGACCGGAAUUAUUCAAUCUAGUAAGCCGGCAUCAGUCAGCAGCUGGAAAAAAAAUCAAAUGGGAAAAUAAAAUCAAUCGAAGUAGGCUCAUUGAAAUUCACCUCGUACCCUCACAGCAGUAUACAGCAGGCCGGUAGUUUUGGCCUUUGGAUCUACCGGUGAAAACGGAAGAUACCACAUCAUUCGGCUUGCUUGCUUGUGAGUUUGAAUAUAGGCCUAACAGGCCUAGAACGUUCAACAUUCAGCGCUUUUAUGGUACCUGCCCGGUAACCUGGCAACAGACCGGUGUCCAAACGAAUCGCGGCCUACUUUUUCCACCAUGUAGGCCUAUUAUGAUUUCCCACCUCUCACCUGUUCCCUCAAAACCCCAACCUGGUUCCUACCUCUCGGCAACUUCCGCAGUAGGUUUUUGGAAACUCGACCCCUAGCCUAGCCUAGAGCCAAAGAGAGAGGCGGUUGGGUUUGUUGAUUGAUUUACUUUAGGAAACUGCGGAGCCACGCGGAAAAAUACCUUCGCGUGGUGCCUUUAUUUAUUCAACAUAACCCUACAUGGGUGAUACCUGGUAGGCAAUUCUAGUGGCACCAGAAAAUGGGUUCACUUGACCAAUGGCCUCGGAAUGACCGCAGCGGCAGGCCGGCCGGCCUCUUAGCCACCUAAAUCCGCGGCACCUGGAAAGAGGGAGGUCAUCGGCCUUUUUCCGGUACAGGUUCCCCAGAAAAUCGAUAUCACAGCAGUAGGCCUACCGGAGCAGGCCGGGGAUUCAACAAUGACUUGCUACCACUUAUUUAGAAAGUGAGGUUAGAAGAAGGUUAAGAAAGGUGGGCAGGUUACCACUUUAUGACCGAUUGAUGGUAAAAUUGGGAUUUUGGGAUGUUCGGAAUUGGACCCACACGCACUUUCUGCCUUUCAAGAAGGAAGUUCCAACUGUUUUCGUUGAUGGCCCUCGUAUUGCCGGUGACAUUCCACUGAAUGACUGUGUCAAGUGGAAGCUUUCAGGCCUGGUUCCGUUUUCAGCCGACAACCGAAGGUCGAAGAGUUUUGUUUUUGUUCUCACUCUCAGAUCGGGGCACGAUAAAAACGUGACAUCAGGUAGCCGCACUUUGAAUAUUAAUUUCUUGUUCUCUUAAAAUUGCUUUUCCAUAUGUGUUUAAACGUAUCUAACCGAUUAGAGAAGAGUGACGGCUGAUAGACGUUUUACAACUUUUUGAGAAUCAGGCCCAUUGUUGUUGUGAAAAUGAACGUCGCUUAUGGCGAUCUAGCUUAAAAGAGUAUUAUUGACUCGAAGUAUUUUUGUUAUUGCAUUCCAGAUGAAACUGUCACUGUUUAUUCUUUAUUGAUUUUAUCGACUCAUUUACAUGCAAAUGUAAUAGGUGGGGUACGAUUUGUUGUGUUUACUAACAACGAAGUUGUUUGUGGUGGUCAUUUUUAAGUUCUAUGAAAAACGAAAACUUUGCAUUAAAACUUUGCUUCUCUUUACUUCUUGCAAAUAAAAUGUAGAAAUCGUUCUUUAAAACAUCAAUAAAAUCAACUCUUAAAUAAGUAGUGUAUACCCACCGGCUGCCCACCGGGAAAAUUUACUUAAAACGGUGGUCAACCCGUGCGCAAAAUAUUUGGACCGCUAGUGGGGAGAUUUUAAAAAUACUCGUAAUGGACAGCAAAACGAACUCUGGCGGACAUCUGGCAGAUUUCUAGCAAGAAACUUUUCGUUGACAUGUCUCGCCUGUAUUUUUUUGUAAAUGUAAACAUUACAUUACAAGGCAGCUUCGAAGGAAAUUUCAUCAAUUUCCAUCCAAAAUUUUGGAAGCUGACAAACACCCAUUUCAAAAUGCUUCUAGCAUAAGGUUGCUAGAAUCAUGGCAUUUUUUUUCUAAAAACCAAGCAAAAUUCGGGCAAUAUCCGAGUAAUAUGUUGGCAAAUUUAGUCAAAAUCUCGGAGUUAUUUAACCGAAAUCAAAAAGAAAACUUUUUAAUUAUUUUUUUCAUCAAAAUACAUAAGAACGUUUUCAAUCGUAUUUUAAGGCUUCAUAAAACCGUUUAUGAUUAUUUUGAUAGAAAUUAAAACAAAAAAUUAGUUUCUGGUCGCAAAAAUAAAAAAAUAUCAAAUUUUUGUCCAAUAGAGUUUUUGAGUUAUAUUUUGCACCGGGAAAAUCUGGAUUUUUUCAACAAAAUACGGGAUCGAACUUUUCCAAAAUUUUGUUUGAAAUGUCCGGGCAAGUUCGGGUAUAACCGAGAAAUCUGGCAAGCUUAUUCUACCAUCUAACUGUCAGCUUCUAGUUUUUAGAUAGGGCUUGUGGUAAAACCACUGACCAUACUGACUGGACACUCGAUUUCGUUUUCUGGAUAAUUUUUCCAGAAAAAAAAAACAAAAAAAAAUCAUUUUUCCAACAGUACGCAAUGUCGAUUCCAGAGUGCGCAUCGAUCGAUUUGAAGAAAUGCUAUCCCAGUUAGGAAAUGCCACCCAACUUUAAAAAUAAAACACGCAAUUUCUACGAUAAAAUCGGGCUAAACAGGACCAUUUUUCCUACAGGGCAUUUUUUGUCAAAUUUUUCAGGUUCGCCACCUGCCGUCGGUAUUGCGAACCUGCAAAAGCUGAAAACAAAAAAUUAGACAGAAAAUGGUUGAAUUUUUGUUCUAAGAGUCAAGUCAGUGUGGUCAGUGGUAAAACUGAGUUGGCAAGUCAGUUGCCUCCUGAGUCAAAUCUGCGAGUUCGAGCCCAAGAGUAAACUGGAUAGGUUUUUCAAUCACUGUCUGCUAACUGCAACGUUGAUAUACAGUCGCGAAUGUCAUAAAGUUGGUAGCGUAGCAGGGCUAUUAUUAUAUUUUUUCUGGAUUCUAGAUACCGGCUCUAAAACUAGAGUUAUACAUUUUAGGCCUUCAGCUUCUAGCUUGUAAUUUCCAAUUACAAGCCUUUAGCUUCUUGUAAAUAGCAACUGACGUCUGGCUUCCAUCCUGGAAAGUCUUAGAUUUAGCUUCUCGCUUCUAGCAACUAGCAUCAAGCUAUCCAGUCAAUAGCUAGAUAUUAGCGUUUAGUAUCUAGAUUCUAGCUUCUGCUUGUAACUUUAAGCAUCUAGCUACUAGCUUUCAUUUACUAGAUUCCAGGUAUCACAAUCUAGUUUCUAUUUGCCAUGCUAUAGUUUUUUUUAUCUACUAGCUGCUAUUUUUCAAAUUCUAGUUUUUUUUCCUAGCCUUUAGUUGUUACUAGCUUCUAGCUACUAGCUUCUAGCUUAUGACUUCAAGAUCAUGUGUACUAGAUUCUUGCUCCUAGCUACUAGCGCUAUCAGUUUUAAGCAUCUUUUUUCUAGUUAUAGCAUCUAGCUACUAGCUGCUAAAUUCUCGCCUCUAGCCUUUAGUAAAGCUUGUAGCCUCUAUCUUUUAGCUUCGCGCUUUAUGCUUUAGCUACUAGCAUCUAGUUUCUAGCUUCUCGUCUAUACCUUCUAGUUUCAAGCCACUAGUUGCUAGGUUCUAGCAUCUAGCUACAAGAUUCUAGCUACUAGUUUCUAGCUUCCAGCUUCUAUCUACUAGCUUCAAGCUUCUAGCUUCUAGCUACAAGCUUAAGGUUGCCAGAAAUUUUUUCAGCACGUAUCCGGGCCAAACAAAUCAAGGCAAAUUAAUAUAAAAACCAGGCAAAAUCCAGGCUUUUGAUUUCUACAACGACGACUAAAAUCCGGGCAGUAUCCGGAAAAUUUUUAUCAAAAAUCAGAAAUUACUCAAAAAAAACAAGGGAACGAAAUGAAUAAAAACUUUUUUUUUUUAUCAAAAUUCAUCGACAGAUUUAAAAUCGAAUUCAAUGAAAUUAGGGCAACCGGCUCGAGCCGGACUGUCCCAAAAUUUUAUAUUUGAUAUUCGGGCAAACCGGUAUGAAACCAGGAAAUCUGGCAACCUUAUUCAAGCUACUAGCUUCUAACUUCUUGCUAUUAGCUACUAGCUUCUAGCUACUAACUUCUAGCUACUAGCUACUAGAUACUAGUAACUAGCUUCUAGCUUUUAAUUAGAUUCUUCUUGCUACUAGCUACUAGCCACCAGAUUCUUGCUACUUUUUUCUAGCUUUUAACUAAUGGUUUCUAGCUUGUAAAAAUGUACUGGCUUUUAACCACUUUAUUCUGAUACACGAAAUUAGCUUCUGCCUUUUAGCUACGGGCUUUAAACACUAGUUGCUAGCUACUGAAUUCUAGCUUCUGGUUACUAGUUUCUUGUCGCUAGUUACUGGCUUGUACUAUUUGCUACCAGCUUCUAGCCUCUAGCUUAUGGCUUCUAGCUACCUACUAGAUUUUAGUUUUUAGCUACUAGCUUCUAGAACCACUUGAGAUCUGCUUAUAGCUUCUGACUAACAGCUUAUACUACAUUAUAAUUUUUAGCUUCUCGCUUCCAACUUGCACUUUUUAGCUUAAAAUUCCUAGCUUCUUGCUAGUGAAUUUUUAACUUCUAGCUUUAAGUUGUCAAGAAUCAUACAACAGCUCAAAUCAACAGGCACUAUGCGACGAUUCACAGUUUUUCUUCUAUCGGAGCAACUUAGUUAAGAAACAGUUUAAGGAAAUCAACAAACGUUUUCGUCUGAAUUUUCUGUGAAUUGUGUUGGAAGAAUUUUGUCUUAGUUCAACACAAAUUUGUAUGAAGUUUUUCGUAGUUUUGUCUGAUUUAUUUUUCUAUGAAUUUUGUUUUAAAUUUGUUCAAUUGUGCCAGAAUUGUCUGAAUUUGGUUUGCUUUUAGCUUGAAUUUUGUCCAAAGGGGCCGUUCAGAUAAUACGUGGACAGAAAAAUGAGAUUUUGGACCCCCUCCUCCCCUUUCAUGGACAAGCGUGGACAUUUGACAAACUCCUACACCCUCCCCGGAUGUUCACGUGGACAGAUUUGACAGUUAGAAAACACCACUUUUUGCCUUUUUGUUAUAGAAACGGCUGAUUUUGUAAAACCGAAUAAAAAUUUCCUGAUAUUAAAAAAAAUGAAAAAUUUUAAAUUUCUUAACUAUCAUAUUUAUCAAUUGCUUUCAAGUAGCUACUUAUUGUUUAAACUUAAACUGGAAAGGUAUGCCAUUUUAAGAUUUUGAUUUAAACAUCUUAAAAUUUAUUCACUUUUAGAAAAUAUUUUGAAAGUAUGUAUGUCAACGUGGACAUGACCCAAACCCUUACCCUCCUCUCCGUGGAAAAGCGUGGACAUUUCCAUACCCAUCUUCCCCCACUAUGUUGUCCACGUGGUAUGUAAACGGCCCCUAAUGUGAACGCCAUAAAACAGUAUAAUACUUCAAAAUGUUCCUUUUAUAAGAGAAAAUCCAGGAUUUUUUUUGAGAAAUCGAUGAAAAAUAUCUUUAGUUAGGGGCUUAAAUCAUUGAUUCAUAACUUUUUAAACUUUCAACGCAAUUUAUCAAAAUUAGUAGGAGUCAAGUAAGACAUGUAAGUCAUGUAAGUUAUUGAUUGAGUUCAAAAUGAGCGGAAUCCAACAACACAGUCGCGUAAAAAUCAUGUAAACAAAAUGGAUUAGCACACACAAAAAGGCAAAAAUAUGUUCGCUUUUAAUAUGGAAUCGAUGAAAAUUACCUUUAGAUAGGAAUUGUAAACUUCCGUCUAUAACUUUUUAAGCUUUCAACGCAUUGUAUCAAAAUUAGUAGAAGUCAUAUAUGACAAUAUUCUUUAUCGAUUGAAUUUAAAAUGAGCGGAAUCAACCACCACAGGUACGUAAAUAUCAUGUGAACAAAAUCAUCUGCACACACACAAAAACGCAUAAGCAUGUUCAUAAUUCGUCAGACUAACCCUACAGACCCUUAAAAGCGCGGCUUUAAAUUACUAGAAAAUCCAGUGCUUUAUCUUUAAUAGGAACGCCUUAAAAAGUAUAAAAUGCACUUCAAAAUGGACUUGUUAUGAGAAAAAAAAUCAUGUUUUUUUGUGAAAUCGAUGAAAAUCACCUUAAGUUAGGAAUUUAAAUCUUUCGUCUAUAACUUCUUAAAUUUUAAACGCAUUUUAUCAAAAUUAGUAGAAGUCGUAUAUGACGAUAUUAUUCAUCGAUUAAAUUCAAAAUGAGCGAAAUCCACUAACACUGUUGCGUAAAAAUCAUGUAAAAAAAUCGAUUAGCACACACAAAUACGCAUAUAUUGAUGAACAAUCAAAAUGAAUUUAGUUAAAAAUCUCUUAAAGACUUAUCUUACUAAUUUGAAAAUUAUUUAAUAGGAUGACAACCAAAAGAAUCAUCCAUUAAAUUUAGGGUGUUAUGAGCAAUUAAAAUUUGAAAAAAAAAACAAGAAAAAUUUAAGCAGCAUACAAGAUUGUCUAAUUCUUUGAGUUUGACUGUAGCCAUUUUUAUAAAAAAAAAAUAAACACACGCCAUCGUGUUUCCGUUUUGACUGGAGGACUGCUAGUUAUCUUCUAUCUCUAAACCAGUAGCACGAUGCAAUUAAAAUUCAUUACCCAUAUCUAGAUUCUACACAAUUACGCUCGGGGCCCAAAGAAAGCUAAGAGGAGCAGAGCAAAUCGAAGAAGAGAAAGUGCCAAGGCACCCGCACCACUAACAAGUUGAGUGAGACGCGUCGCGCCGCAGCAAAACACUCACUUAGAGAGUCGCCGCGCCGAUUCGAUUUUUGAAUGAAAAUAAAACCCUCAUCUGGCUUUUUCUUCUUCUUCGGCCUAGGUUUUGGGGGGCAGCAUUAGAUUCGCACAACACCACACCGUGGCUAUCAAAUCUGAUGUUUUUUAUUCGUCGUUAUUUAUCUACAUCUCCGUCUCUAUGUUAGCAGUGAAACAUUUUUCGAAUCUUGAUCAUUUUUUCCCUACUUUCUGCUUCGUACAAAAAGAGGGGAAACACUUUCUUUCUUUUGGAAGGGGGUGGGGGGUUGCGAUAUGUUUUUUGUCCCUCUUUUUUGAUCACUUUCUUCGUUUGCGAUUUGUUGAUUAGACCACACCGCGCAGACACUUUCGUUCGAGGGUGUGCUCUUCUUCCUUUCACUAGAGGUAUCUCAAAAAUCAAGAGUAGUUGUCUCAUUUCUUUUCGAAUCUGCACCACUUCUCUCACUUCAAACUGUGAUUCAGUUUCGAGUUGUUUUAGUAUAGUCUUACAUUAGAAGAGCCACUAACUGGUAUGAUUUAAUCGUCGGAACAUGCCUUAGAAGAAGAAAGUUUGUUGUCGGAGUGCAUUUCUUUUCACUGUUGCGACGAUGUUAUGUUUUCGUUUGGGUUCGUUUUUUUUUCUUUCUUUCCUUCGAGUUAUUUUGUUUUGAAAACUUUGCCGGUUACGGCCGGCUGACCAAGAUUCCGUUUUCACUUUCAGACCCAAGUGGUUUGAAGUAGCAUCAUGCUGUUGGGGGAUAGCUGUGCUAAAAUGUAUCAAUUUGAAAAAGUUUGUAUAGCACAACAUCUUUUCAUAUUAUUAGAUUUUAUCAGAUACUUAUUUCGAUUUUUAUUUCAUUUUGAACGAGAAUUUGAAUACCAACACAUUGACAAGAGCUUAAACGGUUUAAUCUCAAAUGCCAUCAUAUUCCUGAUUUGAAACUGAGCAAGGAUCAAGGUCAGGAUCAGAAUCAGGUUUUGGAUUAUAAUCGGAAUUUGGGUCUGGAGCAGUUCGUAUAAAUUAAGAUCAGGAUCAGGAUCGGGUAUCAAAAUUGAAAUCCGGAUAUGCAUUUGUAUUUAGUUCAGAAUCACAAUAAGAGUAAGAAAUAGAAUCAAGAACUGGAUAAGAAUAAACAGGAUUGGAAUCAGGAUCAAGAUCGGGUUAAGAAUCAAUGUCAGUAUAACUUUAGGGAUCAGGAACUGGAUCUGAAUCUGAAUCAGGAUAAGGCUACAGACGAGAAUCAGGGUUCGGAUUAUAGGUUGAAUCGGGAUUAAAAUCAUAGUGAAGGUCAAGAACAGAUUCAAGAUCAAGAUCAAGAUUAUUUAGGAUAGGGUUGUCAUCCGUCCCGCAAAAAAAAUGAAUGAGAAAAAUACUUGUUUUUGCACAAAGGUUUAUACUGUAAAUACUGUAUUAUACUGUAAAAUUUUAAUCACCAAAGCUUUUAUUAUGCUUUAAUUAAACAAUUUGACAUCGCAUACACAAUGGAAUAGAUUGAAAACAGGCCUGAAAAAAUAUUUCAAAUACUUGACAUUGUGAGUCUUUCAACAUGGCGUCAUUUUCUGCCUUUCGAUUUUGCAAUCAACUUGGCGUUAGUCAAUUCAAUGAGUAAUAGCUUUAUUAUGAUCAUAUUAAUGGCUGAUUAGUUAAAAGUUUUUAUGAAAGCCAGCUAAAAUUUUGGUGUUUCGAGGGCUUUCAUUUGAUUUAGAGCGAUUUACACCAUUUUAAACUUACGCGGAAACCGCCAAUUCGACUUCUUGUUUAGCCCUUUUACCAAAUACCCGCACAGUAAACGAAAAUUACCGAGUUCGGUAAUUUUUUUUAC